AUGAUUGUUGCUCCGGAAAACGCAGGUUUGGAAGUUCUCCUGUCGACACUCAAGAAUUCCCACGAUUUGAGAACUACUCUCGGCAUCCUGCAAAUUCUGGAUGCACUACUGUCGGCGGGUACAGUCAAACGGAUCAGUUACCUGAUUACUAAGGGAGGCAGUGAGGCAUUGCUACACACACUGGUGAAUGUGACUAGAAUACUUCCUCUGGAUUAUGAGGUCAUCUUGCCUUUAAUGCAUUUAAUUGUCAAAGUUGGACAAAGAGAUAAGAGGUUUGGACAGAAAGCUCAAGAAAUUGGAGCCUUAAAUGAGAUCUUGAACUUGAUGAAGUGCAGCCUACCCCAAGCCAAGUAUGUCACACCCUGCUUGUGGACUGUCAAGAUCUGUGCUUCCAGUGUUACAGUUGGUGCUGCGCUGGGUAAAAGUGGAAUCACAAGAUUCGUGCUUAACCUGCUCUCUCCGUACACAACCAGGAACACAAGGGCUGUAAGAGCUGCCACAGAAGCUCUUUCAGCCUUACUGAAAUCGAAAUGGAAUAGCAGACGAGCUGUGGACAGUGGGUACAUCCACAGGCUCUUGAAACUAUAUGAAGACUGGCAUCAGCGAGACAUGAAAACCAAGUAUGUUCUGAUCCAGGCAGCCCUGCUCAAAUGCAUCAAGAACAUUACCAACCUCCAGAAGGGGAAGAAAGCCUUUCUAGAGGCUGAUGGGAUGAGGGUCUUGCUCAGCACCUCACAGGUGUGUGGUUCGAGCCCAGACCUACACCCUGUUAUAAAGUUAGCUACACAAAUUAUGCGGAAGUGUUAUCCAAAACAACGUCUCCCUUUACUCACACUCCGAAGUUGCUAUUCAUUUGUAUUGCCAAAUGCAGCCCACUCCCAGGUGCUGGAGGGUCCCAGUGAGGCUCCACAAGAAGAUGUCGCAGCCGAAGAAAAUGAAGAACAGGAUGAUGAAGAUGGGACUGAGACAGAGGAACCUGGCUGCAGUGAAGAAGAAGAUGAUCUAGAGACAGAUCUAUCAAGACUGAAACCAAAUCCUGAACUUGACAGACCUGUGGAGGAGUUGAAACAGUAUGAAAGGCUUUGUCCAGAACUUGUUGGGUAUUUUCAGGAUUCAGACUCAGAUGACCAAAGUCUCAGUCAGGAUAAUGCAUCGUGCUCUACAUUCUUCACGCCAUCAAGACCCCUACAUCAGGAUUCCAGAGAGACGGGCAGGGGCGGUGUUGGGGAAGGUUCACCAAAACAGCACAACUUGCUUAAAAACAGAAGAACUCGUCAAGCAUCUCCAUCUUCAUCUGGCAUUGAGGGAGAGAAUGGAUCCAAAGGAUCACCAAAGAAUCAUUGCACACACCCAGCUAAAUCAAGCAGAAUCAACCAUUCAAAGGAUAAAAUGAACCAAAUGCAUUUGAAUAUACAGAGGGGUGAUGCAGAUCUUUCGAGAAUAAACACAAAUGUACAAGAAUAUGCCGGACCUUUCAAUCCUAGCUGGGCCAUUGGUGGUGAACAUGAGUGUCAGAAUACUGGGAAUAAGCUUUUAAAAAUGUGUAAGGAAAUAAUUCCUUUCCAUGAUCCACAUGUGUACACCAUCAAGGCCGAGGAAACAAAAUCAGCAAGUGAUUAUAAAACACUGGCGUUUCCAGAUUAUUGGGGUCACAUGCCACCCCGCUAUCAGGAGCCACUGACGGGUCAGUGGUGUGGAGGUCUAAGGGCUAAAAUAUUUGAAGAUAUUCAGCGUUUGAUCAACUCUGGGGAUAUUCUGAACAGGGUCAUUUAUGACACUGAAAGUCCUUCAUUAGUUACAUCAGGAGAUGACACUUCCUUAAAGUUCUUCUCAAACUUUGAGUCAGGAAAUCUUCGAAAAGCUGUCCAAAUUCGCAAAUAUGAAUAUGAUCUGAUAAUGAACGCUGACAUCAACACAAACUAUCAGCAUCAGUGGUUCUACUUCGAGAUCAGUGGCAUGAGAGCUGGAAUUCCAUAUCGAUUCAACAUUAUUAACUGUGAGAAGACAAAUAGCCAGUUCAACUACGGGAUGCAGCCGGUGAUGUAUUCAGUCCAUGAAGCAUUGUGCAGAAGAGCUCACUGGGUUCGUGUAGGUUCUGAUAUCUACUAUUACAAAAAUCAUUAUCGUGCUUAUGGAGCAGAGGAAAAAGGACAAAAAGAAACAGCGUUUUACACUUUGACCUUCACUAUCACAUUCCUGCACUCAAAGGAUGUCUGCUAUCUAGCAUAUCACUACCCGUACACUUACUCAACGCUAAUGACUCACCUGUACCUACUUGAACAGUCGCUCAAUCCUGAUCAGGUUUACUUCAGGCACCAGGUAUUGUGUUCCACGCUAGGAGGUAACAACUGUCCAGUGAUCACAAUUACUGCAAGCCCAGGGUCCCAACGUGAACAGCUGCAACAAUUUUGGAAUCGCCAGUACAUAGUGCUGACCGGUCGAGUCCAUCCUGGAGAGAGCAAUGCUAGCUGGGUUAUGAAAGGGACCCUGGAAUUUCUCGUGAGUAACAACCCCAUUGCUUGCUGCCUACGGGAUACCUACAUCUUCAAAAUCAUUCCUAUGCUGAACCCAGAUGGUGUCAUCAAUGGCUGCCAUCGUUGUUCUUUGAGUGGAGAGGAUCUGAACAGACAAUGGUCUGAGCCAAGUCCUGACCUGCACCCAACUAUUUAUCACACAAAGGGUCUCCUCAGCUACAUGAAGAGCAUUGGCAGGACCCCACUGGUUUUCUGUGACUACCAUGGGCACUCAAGGAAGAAAAAUGUUUUCAUGUAUGGUUGCAGUCUUAAGGAGACACUCUGGCAGUCAAAGUCCAGCAUUGACACAGCAACUUUGAAAGAAGACAUUGGCUAUAGGCCCAUUCCCAGAAUUCUGGACAAGAUUUGCCCGGCAUUUUCCAUCAAUCGCUGCUGUUUCUUGGUACAGAAGUCACUGGGAAGCACAGCCCGGGUGGUGGUUUGGAGAGAGAUCGGGGUUCUCCGAAGCUACACCAUGGAGAGCACCUAUUGCGGCUGUGAUCAGGGCAAGUACAAUGGUCUCCAGAUCAGAACCAGAGAGCUAGAAGAAAUAGGAGCCAAGUUCUGUACAGCGCUUCUGAAGCUUAAGAAAGAUGCGUUGUCAUGUAGUGCACAGCUGACAUUCCAAGAUGCUGCCCUACUUGAUUUGGACAAUGAACUCCACAAUGAUAAAAACAUGUCACACAGUGAUGUGAGUGUAGAUGAUGAGCCCCCCUGCCCAGAGGAGAUAGAUUAUUACACGGACAACUGCACCGAGGACGAUGAUGAUCCCAUUGACCUUACCACUGAGGUCGACGAGAGCUCUGACGAUGAACUCUAUUGCUGAGUUGCGAUGUAUAUUAUAGAAGCUGCGAAUGGAUGCCCAGCAUUGGGGAAAAGAUCAAGGCCAUUCCUUAACCAUCAUACACAUGGCGAUUGGGAACUGAGCACAAGCAUCAUGAAUGCAAUUUGUACCUUUCCCUUUCAAGGCAAACUAAACAUUAUCUGCACCAACUGCUUCAUCUGUGGGAUGUUGCUCAGUCUUUCGUUAUUCUUGAAGUUCUAAUUAAUUUAUGGAUUCCUGCUUAUUCCCGUGUUAUAGCUGAAAGUAGAGACCCAGCAAACCUGUAGAGGAUCACAAACCCUGCAUUCCUGGAGCACCUCCCCCUAUUUGUGUCAGAGAAUGGACUAGUCUGUGCACAUCUUGGCACUUGCAUGGAUGCACCUGCAACACCUGCACUCAGCUGGAGAGGAAGGUGUUCACCUCGGACAAGGAUGACAAGUGGACAACAGCCCCAAACACCAAGGCUGAGACUUCUCCCCUCUCAUGUCUUCAGGGAAGCAGACUCACACCCUGCCUGGGUCCUAUGUUUAUUCUCACUAAUGAGGUCCUGUACCAGUGCUUUGACAGGUUCCUGGCCAUGAACAUAAGUAGGACCAGCAGGAGAAGGCCAUUCAGACCCUCGAAUCUCCUCUGCCAUUCAAUAAGAUCUGAUUGUUAUCCUCAGCACCACUUUCCUGCUUGUUUCCCAUCAUACUAGACCUCCCCAAAGACUAAAACCUAUCUAGUUCUCGGAAUAUAUUUGU